UCAUAUCCGAGAGAAAUAUCAGGCGGUUUUAGGGGAGGGGCCUGGCAAGGCUGGGAGUCCUGCUUUAAACUCUGGAGGGCCAAUUAGGAAAUUAGCCAGAGUGGGCGCGGCGCCGGACUCCCGCCCACCCGCGUGCUCUGAGAAAGUCCCCGCGGUGCUGCGACUCACCCGCUGGACACGUCUGCUGCCUUACUGCUGCUGGGGUCCACAAUCCCAGAUCAAAAUUGAAAAAAAUGGUUGACCUCACCCAACUAAUGGAAAAUGAAGUACUGAUGGCCUUUGCCUCCUAUACGACGAUUGUUCUUUCAAAAAUGAUGUUAAUGAGUACUACGACUGCGUUCUAUAGAUUGACAAGAAAGGUUUUUGCCAACCCAGAAGACUGUGCAACCUUUGGCAAAGGAGAAAAUGCCAAGAAGUUUCUUCGGAUAGAUGACAGAGUGGAACGUGUACGAAGGGCCCAUCUGAAUGACCUUGAAAAUAUUGUGCCAUUUCUUGGUAUUGGCCUUCUGUAUUCCUUAAGUGGUCCAGACCUCUCUACAGCCAUCCUGCACUUCAGACUCUUUGUCGGAGCACGGAUCUACCACACCAUUGCAUAUUUGCUACCUCUUCCCCAGCCUAAUCGCGCUUUGGCUUUUUUUGUUGGAUACGGAGUUACUGUUUCAAUGGCUUACAGGUUGCUGAAGAGUAGAUUGUACCUUUAAGGAGAAUCAUACAACUCAAUUAUCCAAUUAUUUUCUAAUAAUUCUGUACUUCCAAUUUAUAACGAAUACUUUUUAAGAUUUUAAGUGGGAAGGAACAGAGAAAUUAAGAUGGGGAAAACCAUCACUAGUAUCUUUCAUUCUCAUUAUAUUUCCACUACAAAUUUAACAUAACUUUUAAGUCUUUCAUCUUACUCUUAAAGUAAUUUGUUGUAAAUUUUGAUUAUAAUUUGUAAUGUUUAACAUUUCAUAUUUUAAAUCAUAAAGUGAGUGUACGUAUGAGAAACCUAUAUUUUAAUAUUGCUGAAAUGGGCAUAUGAAAUAAAGAAUUUAAAGAAUAA